AUGUUUGUUGUCAAAGCAGUCGGGGUAGACGAUCAUGUUUUCAACUUGGCCUGGGUUUUUUUGUUGAUAUACACGAUAUUCAUGACUAUCUCAGCGAUCUAUGGAUUCGGGCAGCCCAUAACAAACUUACAGAUUGACUCGGCUGCUAAAGCUGUGUACUAUGAGAUGAUCGGCCAGACAUUUGCUGUGAUCGGAAUGGCGAUUGCGAAGAUUUCACUCGGUCUUUUCCUACUUCGCAUUGUGGUGAGGCAAUGGCAUCGAAUUUCUAUAUGGUUUUGCAUGAUGACUUUGGCUGCGAUCUCGGUAACGACAAGUAUUACAUUCUGGCUUCAACGAUUCCCAGCUGAGUCCAUCUACGAUCCGCGCGUGCCAGGCCGCACUUUGCUAUCUGUCACGCCUUUCGCACUUGCGCUUGGGAUUUGGUGUGCUGUUGUGGACUUCUAUCUUGCUCUUCUUCCAUGGAUUUUCAUUUGGAAUUUGAACAUGAAAUUUAAGGAGAAGAUGUCCAUUGCAAUAAGUCUGAGCUUAGGCUUCAUAGCCUGUGCCUGCGGAAUUAUCCGAUCGGUUGAUAUUAUGGGCAUGAACAGUAGCAAUUACACCGGUAAGCAAUCCUGUCCGCUGGUAAAACUGAUCCCAAAAUGCUAA